UCUCUCUCCUCUUCCUCCUCCUCCUCUUCGGGAUCCAGGCCGCAAACAUGGAGGGCAGGGCGGCAGCGGCGGGGGGACAAGGCGCUAUGGAGGGCGGCAGCGGAGGAGGAGGAGGCCCGGGCCCGGUUCGCAGGCCGAGCCGCUUCCCCUCGCUGCCCCCGGCGGCCCCGUCAGCGGCUGGAGCAGGGCCGUCCUCCAGCGCCUCCGGGUCCCGGCAGCCGAGUGUGGAGGCCCUGGACAGUCCCACAGGAUCCCAUGUUGAAUGGUGUAAACAACUCAUUGCUGCUACAAUUUCUAGCCAGAUUUCAGGUUCUGUGCCCUCAGACACUGUAUCUAGAGAAUACCGGGUAUACAAGAGGCCUACUAUAAGGGAGAUUCAGGAUGGACACAAUGGCUAUACUUCUGACGCAGAAGUUGAUCAGGCACUGAGGGAUGGAAACAAACUCGCUCAGAUGGAAGAAGCUCCACUUUUUCCUGGAGAAUCAAUCAAAUCUAUCGCUAAAGAUGUCAUGUAUAUCUGUCCAUUUAUUGGAGCCAUCAGUGGUACGCUGACAGUGACGGAUUUCAAAAUGUAUUUCAAGAAUGUUGAGCGGGAUCCACAUUUUAUUCUUGAUGUUCCUCUUGGAGUCAUAAACAGGGUUGAAAAGAUUGGAGUGCAGAGCCAUGGAGACAACUCCUGUGGUAUAGAAAUUGUUUGCAAGGAUAUGAGAAACCUGCGGUUUGCCUAUAAACAGGAAGAACAUAGACUGGAGAUUUUUCAAAACCUUAUUACUCGAGCAUUUCCUGUUUCUCAUGGGCUGCCGUUCUUUGCAUUCAGCUAUAAAGAGAAAUUUCCCACAAAUGGUUGGAAAGUUUAUGAUCCAAUAGCAGAGUACAAGAGGCAGGGCUUACCCAAUGAGAGUUGGAAAAUAUCCAAAAUUAACAGCACAUAUGAAUUUUGUGACACAUAUCCUGCCAUUCUUGUUGUGCCAACCAGUGUAAAAGAUGAUGACCUCUCCAGAGUAGCAGCAUUCAGGGCAAAAGGCAGAGUUCCAGUGUUAUCUUGGAUCCACCCUGAAAGCCAAGCCACCAUUACACGCUGCAGCCAACCUCUUGUAGGCCCAAAUGACAAACGAUGCAAAGAAGACGAGAAGUACCUGCAGACUAUCAUGGAUGCCAAUGCUCAGUCUCACAAGCUUUUCAUCUUUGAUGCCAGACAGAACAGUGUUGCAGAUGCAAAUAAGGCAAAAGGUGGUGGAUAUGAAAGUGAAAGUGCCUAUCCAAAUGUGGAGUUGGUUUUCUUGGAAAUUCCAAAUAUCCAUGUAAUGAGAGAAUCUCUGCGUAAGCUGAAGGAAAUUGUUUACCCUACAAUUGAUGAGUCUCGGUGGCUGUCCAAUGUGGAAAGUACACACUGGCUGGAAUAUAUACGGAUGCUUCUUGCUGGUGCAGUGAGAAUUGCUGACAAAAUUGAAUCUGGUAAAACCUCAGUGGUGGUACACUGCAGCGAUGGCUGGGACCGUACAGCUCAGCUAACUUCUUUAGCCAUGCUGAUGUUGGACGGUCAUUACAGAACCAUCAAAGGUUUUGAGGCUCUCUUAGAGAAGGAGUGGAUGAGUUUUGGACACCGUUUUGCAAUGCGAGUAGGUCAUGGGGACAAUGAUCAUGCUGACGCUGACAGAUCACCCAUCUUCCUUCAGUUCAUAGAUUGUGUUUGGCAAAUGACAAAGCAGUUUCCAGCAGCCUUUGAAUUCAACGAGCUGUUUUUGAUCACCAUUUUGGAUCAUCUUUAUAGCUGUCUCUUUGGCACCUUUUUGUACAAUUCUGAACAUCAGCGAGUUAAAGAGGAAAUAAGCACCAGGACUAUUUCUCUGUGGUCCUAUGUUAAUAGUCAGCUUGAUGAAUUCAGUAACCCCUUCUUUGUAAAUUACGAAAACCAUGUCCUGUAUCCAGUCGCCAGUCUAAGCCAUUUGGAAUUGUGGGUAAACUAUUAUGUACGAUGGAAUCCACGAAUGAGACCUCAGAUGCCAAUUCAUCAGAAUCUGAAAGAACUCCUUGCCAUCAGAGCCGAACUUCAAAAGCGGGUGGAAGAAUUGCAGCGGGAAGCAGCCACACGCUCCAUUUCUUCCUCUUCAGACCGAGGGUCAUCUCCUGCAGCCACACCGGUUCAUACCUCCGUCUGAUGCAGGACUGAGAUCAAGGUACAUGUCUAUCAUGCAGACAGUGCAUUCUUUGGAGUAUUACGAGGCAGCAUUUCUGUUUUCCUGGUGUCCAUCACACCCAGGCCAAAAGUGUUUACUUGAACAUUGUACAUUGGGGGUUGCUAGAAUUUCUUAUAUACGUCUUCUUGGUGUCUCUUAACUGAAUUUGCAAUAGGAAAGUUGACUUUCGGCAAACUGGGUGAAAACCAGGAAUUCAUCCGUUAGGAAGAUGGUCCAGCAACACCCCAACAGGACUGUCAAGAGAUCAUGAUCUCUGAAAGGGGAACCUAUUUGGUUUCUUUGGUACUUCAUACACUUUUCUUAGAGAAGAAAAAGCCACAUCAAAUACUAUGUUUCUUUGAAUAUGCUCUGAUGCACUUUGAAAAUGGAUUUAAUUUUUUUAAUACUGUAGGCAUUUGUAUAUUUUGAAUAAAUAUGCCCUUGAAUAAUGAACAGGAUUUGCCAACUGUGAGACCCCUCAUCAUUGUAAAAUUAUCCUUGAAAUUCUAAUUACUAAAUAAUUAUUUUCCAGGUUUAUUGUUAUUGUCCACUUUCAUCCACAGGAGUUCAGAUGCCGAGCUGACUCAGUCAUGUCAUUGAUCUAUAUACAAAAUUUUGGUUAAAUAACCUUUUCAUCUCAUUAAAUGUGUGAAUCGCAAGUUCAAGUAUUUUCUCUAUCAUAUCAUGUUAACAAACAAAAACCCAGGAGCCCUAUUUUUACCGCAUACACCUCUAUGCAAGGCCAAAUGCUUGUAUUAAACAGUGUACAGAAAAUAGUCUUUUCACAAAUUUUGGAGAAAGUAGUUGGUUGUGAUGAUGAUAGAUAAAAAGAUUUUAGAACAGUCAUAAUUUGGUUCCUUGAAUAAAGACUGUUGUGGUUUUGUAA